AUGGUGAAGCUGGGCUGUAGCUUCUCUGGGAAGCCAGACAAAGACCCUGGGGAAGAGGAUGGGGCUGCCACAGACAGUGUCCCUCUGAUCAGCCCCCUGGAUGUCAGCCAGCUCCAACCACCCUUCCCAGACCAGGUGGUCAUCAAGACGCAGAUGGAAUACCAGCUGUCCUCCCCAGAGCAGCCCAAGAAGUUCCCCGACCUGGAGGCCCAGAAGCUGGCCUGCAGCCACCCAGAGGAGGGGCGCAAGGUGACCACACGCUCUCACCCACUGCCACUGCUGUGGCCGUGGGAGGCAGCGAGAGGAGAGAGGACCCGGACCCGGAGGUCAUGGGUGCCCGGGGGCCAGGCCAGGCUGGAAAGCAGAGUCCACGCCCUGCCCCCGGCACUGACCCGGCCCCCACCCGGACCUCGCCACGCCCAGCACAAGAUCUGCACGCCGCUAACCCUGGAGAUGUACUACACCGAGAUGGACCCCGAACGCCACCGCAGCAUCCUGGCGGCCAUCGGGGCCUACCCGCUGAGCCGCAAGUACGGCACCGAGAUGCCCUCGGCGUGGGGGGAGAGCUACCGCACGGCCGCCAAGGACGACCCCAAAGGGCCCACCCAGGCGGCGGCGGCCACCGAACCACCAGGGAAGCUAGUGGCCAAGGGCGAGAAAGAGGAGGCCCCUAAGGUGGCCGGGAGCUCGGCGCCCGUGUCGCUGCAGUGA